CUCACCUGCUGUAAAGCUCUCCAAAAAUAAAAUCACUUGAAGAUUAUUCCUGUCUUUCCAUGAUGUAAAUGAAGCUUGACAUUUCCCCUAAUGGGCAUUUAAACCAUGGACCUUAAAAGAACUCUUUGGACUGACCUCCUAAAUUGGAUUUAGCACUGCUGGUGCUGAGCUGUGAAAGGAUUAUCAUUACAAAGGUAGAGGGACAUUUUCAAGCAAGAUUCCUACCAUGAGAAUUACGACCACAUCCUGCCUUUGCCCUGUCUUGGUCUGCCUCUGCUUUGUUCAGAGGUGCUAUGGGACAUCUCAUCAUAGUUCAAUGAAAGUGACUAAAAAUCAAACCAAGCACAUAGAAGGGGAGACUGAGGUGCACCAUCGGCCAAAGCGAGGAUGGGUCUGGAACCAAUUCUUUGUUUUAGAAGAACACAUAGGAGCGGAGCCUCAGUAUGUAGGAAAGCUUCACUCAAACUCUGAUAAAGGGGAUGGAUCAGUCAGGUACAUUCUUACUGGUGAAGGGGCUGGGACUAUAUUUCUCAUUGAUGAGACCACAGGAGACAUCCAUGCCACCAAAAGUCUGGAUCGUGAAAAGAAGGCACACUAUGUAUUGCAUGCACAAGCCAUUGAUCGCUGGACAAACAAGCCUCUGGAACCGGAAUCAGAGUUUAUUAUUAAAGUGCAAGACAUCAAUGACAAUGCGCCUAAAUUCACAGAUGGUCCGUUCGCUGCCACUGUACCGGAAAUGUCUGACGUUGGUACCUCCGUUCUUCAGGUGACAGCUACAGAUGCAGAUGACCCGACUUAUGGAAACAGUGCCAGGGUUGUGUACAGUAUUCUACAGGGACAGCCCUACUUUUCUGUUGAUCCCAAAACCGGUGUCAUCAGGACUGCUUUAGCCAACAUGGACCGGGAAGCCAGAGAACAGUAUUCUGUUGUCAUUCAAGCCAAAGAUAUGGCCGGACAGAUUGGAGGACUGUCGGGGUCGACUACAAUAAAUAUUACUCUAACUGAUGUCAAUGACAACCCACCCAAAUUCUCCCAAAAAAAUUAUGAGCUGUAUGUACCAGAAUCUGCUCAAGUUGGCAAAGCCGUUGGCAAAAUUAAGGCAAAUGAUGAUGAUACUGGAAUUAAUGCAGAGAUAAAGUACAUCAUCACAAAUGGAGAUGGGGCUUCGGUUUUCACCAUCUCAACUGACAAAGACACUAGGGAAGGCAUCAUUUCACUGAAAAAGCCGUUGAACUACGAGAAAAAGAAAAGCUAUAUUAUCCACAUAACAGGUGCAAAUCCACACACAGAUCCUCGGUUCUCACACCUUGGACCAUUUAAAGACACAACUACUUUGAAGAUCAUAAUUGGAGAUGUUGAUGAGCCGCCUUUGUUUUCAAUGACUUCUUAUGUGAUGGACGUGUAUGAAAAUGCAGAGAUGGGGACUCUGGUAGGAGCAGUCACAGCACAGGACCCUGACCGUUCCAACAGUCCGAUCAGAUAUUUAAUUGACCACAGCUUACAUGGAGAUAGGUAUUUCAACAUAGAUGCCAACAGUGGAGAGAUUACGUCUGCAAAAACCCUUGACCGAGAAGAAAUGCCAUGGCAUAACAUCACAGUGAUUGCUUCUGAGGUUGACAACCCCAGUCUCCUUAGUCACGUUCCAGUUUCCGUUCAGGUUUUGGAUGUCAAUGACAACCCACCUGAGCUUGCCAGCGAUGAUGAUGUAGUUGUUUGUGAAAAUUCCAGACCCGGUCAGGUAAUUCAAACAAUAAGUGCAGUCGACAAAGAUGACUUUGCAAAUGGACCAAGAUUCUUCUUUUCUCUUGCUGAUGAACUUCCCAAUAACCCUAACUUUACACUGCAGGAUAAUGAAGAUAACACAGCCAGUAUUUUGGCAAGAAGACGAAGAUUCAGUCGGGUAACUCAAGAAGUGUAUUACCUACCAAUUGUGAUCUCGGAUGGAGGUAGCCCAUCCCAUAGCAGUACCAGUACCCUUACACUCAGAGUGUGUGCCUGUGGGAGAGAUGGGAAAGUGAGAACUUGCCAUGCAGAACCAUUUCUGUCCUCUGCUGGACUAAGCACAGGAGCCCUUAUUGCCAUUCUACUUUGCAUCAUCAUUCUGCUUGCCAUUGUUGUACUAUUCGUUACACUGAGACGAAGCAAGAAGGAGCCACUGAUUAUUUCUGAGGGAGAUGUCAGAGAAAAUGUAGUUACUUAUGAUGAUGAAGGAGGGGGGGAGGAGGAUACAGAAGCCUUUGACAUCAUAACGUUAAGGAACCCAGCAGCAGCAGAAGAACUGAAGUUCCGAAGAGAUGUGAUGCCAGACAUACAGAGGGUUCGGAGGCACAGCCCACCGUUGGUCCUUGAUGGGGUGGAUGUACAUGAGUUUAUUAAGCAAAGACAGAUAGAAGCCGACCUUGACAACAGUGUUCCUCCUUACGAUUCUCUUCAGACGUAUGCAUACGAGGGUCGUGGAUCACCACCGGGGUCAAUCAGUUCUCUGGAUUCAGCAACCACACACUCUGAGCAGGAUUAUAAUUACCUUUGUGACUGGGGACCAGAAUUUCUAAAACUGGCAGAACUCUUUGGAGAAGAGUCACAACAAACCACUUAGCUUGUGUUACUGUAAAGCAAAAUCGCGAGUUAACAAAAGAAAAAAAGCUUCAGAAGUUGUUCACUUUUACUGUAGAAACAAGUGCCCUUUUCAUUUUUUGAACUUGGGUUCUACAAGUGGAAGAAAGGAAACCAGAUUUUGAAAAUACAAAAAAAAAAAAAAAAAAAAAAAAACAGGAAAUUAUUUUCCCUGGUGUAUAUUUUUUAUUGCUGAAUAAAGUCCAUAGCUCCACAUAAGUAAAUAUAU